UGUCGUCUGCUAAUAAUAAUAUAAUCGUAAUAAGAAUGCGUUAUGAAACGUGCAAAUAAAGGUGAUGGCAUGUAAAUAAAUACACACAUCAAAAAAGCUCCCUCUGUUGAGAGUACGUUACAAAUCAUCAUUACAUACGACGAUGGAGCUGGAUAUAUCAAAGAUUUUUAUUUUAUUUGCAUUGGUAUCAAGUGUUUCCAGUGUGCCUAAUGAAGGGUGGAGAGAAGUUCCUGUAAAUUUAAAAAGGGCCAUUGGAUCUGCAUCCGAAGCGGCAGCCGAUCGAGGUGUUCGUUACAUUAGCAUGUUGAAAGCAUACGAAAAAAUAGAUAAUGUUCCAGGCUUGAAGGAGCACUAUUGGGUAUCAUUUAUAGCAGUAUCUAUAGAAGGAGAAAGUCAAGAAUGUGAGGGAAUAGUUCUGUGGACAGGGCUUAGAAGGAUAGUGAAACGUGCCAGUUGUAAACCAUGUACCACAGGGAAGAUACGUUGAUGAUGCAUGAAGAUAUUUUUCAUGUGGCCACAAAUUUUGUCUACGUAAAUUUUGAUGUGAACACGACAGGGACAAUUUAUGAUGUCAUUGAAAUUACAAAAAGAAUUUUAAAACAUACUUGUACCUAGAAUUCAAAGUCGAAGAAUAAAAUUUGUAAAUAGAUUAAUCAUUAAUUAAUAUUAAAUUUUCAGAAUAG